AUGGACUUUUCGGCUCUGCGUCAGCGUGGCCAGGCGGCCAAGGAGAAGGCCCAUGAGAGAAUCACCAACCCAAGCAGCUGGAAGCUCCCCAAACAGGCCAGCAGUAUUGCCCCGGCCAAUGUCUGGUCCAAUGCCGACCAGGAUCCCGUCCCGGUCGAGCAGAGGACAUGGACCAAGUGGACUUUCAUGACAUAUUGGUUCAGUGACCUGUUCACAAUCUCGACAUGGCAGGCCGGCAGCGCAAUUCUCACCACUGGUCUCAGCGCGACUGACGCGGUCCUCAUCGUCUUCGUGGCUGCCAUGUGCAACGCCGGUCCCACGGUCCUCAACGGCGCGAUCGGCUCUGAUCUCCACAUCCCCUUCCCCAUCGCCGCUCGAGCUAGUUUUGGUGUCUGGUUCAGCUACUUCUGUGUCGUCUCUCGUGGUAUCCUGGCUCUCUUCUGGCUCGGUGUGCACUCGGCGAACGGCGGAGCCUGCAUUACGGUCAUCCUGACGGCGUUGUGGCCCAGCUACAAGAACCUCCCCAAUACUCUGCCCGCCUCGGCCGGAAUCACAAGCCAAGGCCUGCUUUCGUACUUCAUUUACUGGUGCAUUCAGUUCCCCCUCCUGCUCAUCCCAACGCACAAGCUGCAGCCGCUCUUUUGGUUCAAGACCGUGCUGGUCGGCCCGGCUGCGUUGGCGACUGUCAUCUGGAUUGCGGUUCAGGCUGGAGGCGGCGGCGUAUUCUUCAGUGCUCCGGCGACCGUCUCUGGCUCUACCCGAGCAUGGCUAUGGCUCGCGAACUUGACAAGUGUCACUGGCGGUUACAGUACGCUCUGUGUCAACAUUCCCGACUUCUCCCGAUUCAGCAAGGACCGCGGCGCGCAAUACUGGCAACUUCCCAUCAUUCCAAUCCUCAAGACACUGUGCAGUACCUUCGGUAUCAUCGCUGCCAGUGCCUCUCAGCAGUUGUACGGCAAGACUCUGUGGUCGCCUCUCGAGAUCAUUUCCCAGUGGCCUGCCACUCCCGGAGGUCGUGCUGCGGCCUUCUUUGCUGCUUCUUGCUGGCUCGUUGGCCAGGUCUGCGUCAACAUCAGCGCAAACGGCAUCUCCUUCGCCAACGACAUCACGUCUCUUGCGCCCAAGUGGUUCAACAUCCGCCGUGGCAUCAUCUUCGCCUCGCUGCUCGGCGGCUGGGCGCUCUGCCCCUGGAUCAUCGUCUCUUCGGCCAAGGCUUUCCUCAAUUUCAUGUCGGCUUACGCAAUCUUCAUGGCACCCCUGGCAGGCAUCAUCCUGUGCGACUACUGGAUCGUCAAGAAGCGCAAGUACGAUGUGCCGGCCCUGUACGACCCUGAGGGUAUCUACAAAUUCAACAAGUGGGGAACCAACUGGCGGGCGUUUGUGACCACCUUUCUGGUCAUUGUCCCCUUGCUGCCUGCGCUGGGCAAGAAGGUCAACCCGACGGGCGUGUCAAUCAGCGUGGGCCUCGAGAAUCUCUUCAACUUCAACUGGCUAUAUGGCUUUUUCGUGGCUCUUGUGCUCUACUGGGUCCUCAACGUGGUAUGGCCUCACAAGCCCACGCUCAUUCCCAAGACCAUCUAUGGUGACGAGAAUGUUAUUCUCGACAGCUCUGAGGCGGACGUUGAGUCACGUGCUGGCCAGAGCGAGAAAGGCCAGAGCGCCUCAUCUGCUGCUAGCGUCACCAAGGAAGUGCCGAUCUGA